UUAUUCGAGUCUUUUUCUUUAUAUAUUAUUUUAAUCUAAUUUUAAUUAUGAAGAAAAUGAGGUAAUAGAACAUGUCGAAAAAAUGAUCUAACUCUCAAACCUUGAGAAAUAAUUAUAAAUUUACUACAUACGCUAUUAUCCCAGGAGUAAUUUCCAUACCUGAAUUGCUAAUUGAAAGUUGCAAACCCUAAUCCGACUUCAAAAUAGUAGUGAAUUGCAAAUAGUGAUUGUGAAUCGAAGUUGUGAACCAUAUAGCAAAAGUCCUUAAAUCUAGACAUAAAUUAUGCAAAUUAAGAAAAAAAAAACAUUAAUUUAUAUUCAAACAGCUUCAUUUCAAGACUAUCCGACAAUAACAUUUUGAAUAACGAAAAUUUUAAACAUUGCGAAAAUUCAGCUUCCACGGCACCACCAAUUUUACCGAAAAUUUAGUUUCAUAGGACAAUUGUGAACUGUGGUAAAAUUGUAAUUUAAUACACAGAGCUUGAAAUUAAUCUAAAUUCAACCAAAAUUUAUGAUUUAAAUAUUAAAUUUUCCUUAAUAGAAAAAGUAGAUAAGUAUAGCUCUAUGUCAUAAACAUAUUUUUAUCAAAGAAAACGCAUUUUAGUAGUAGAACUUGAAUAAAAGACAAAAGAAGGAAGAUAGCAUUUCUUUGGCAAGGAUUGAUCCUUCCUCUUUUAUCCACUCGCAACAUAACUAAAACCACAUUACUAAUUCAACACAAACAAAGCCAUGGCUGCUGCAGCAUCAUCAGCUACUGUAGCAAGUAGCGCUUAUUCCUUACCUGCUCGAAAACGUGUUUCCAUCAACGAUCAUCGUGUUCCAAUCCCGACUUCGUUUUCAAGGUUCAGCAGCCAUGCAAGGCGGCAGCUGUUGGUGGUCCGAAGCACCGGAGAGGAAGGCGCAACGGCUGUCGAUGAAGGGGAGCCGCUGCAGACGCAGACGCCGGCAGAAGUCCCGAAAGGACCUCCGUCGUUGAUAUCAACUCUUAAUGUGGAGAAAGCUUUGAGUGGGAUUGCAAUUACGGAUGCUGAUCACUAUGGACGGCUGGGGCUUCCCGCCAAAUGUUCAUAUGAUGAGGUUAAUGUUGCUUACAAGAGCAAGGUGACUGAGCUGACGAGCAAAGGGUUGGAUGAAGAAGAGCUUAGCAAGGAACUAGAUCUCUUAAAGGAAUCGUGUUCGAUUCUGUCGACGCCAGAAGAGAGAAGGCUAUAUGAUUGGAGUUUGGCCAGAAGUGAGAAGCCAGAUACAUAUGUGUGGCCAUUUGAAGUUGAUAGUAUGCGAGAACAACUAGGAGACCCUCCUCCUCAGGAGCCAGAGGAUGAAUUGCCAACAACAUACACAGGAUACUUCUUUUUAGGGUGGUUAAUACUGUCCAUUCUAUUAUACCUUGUCUUCAAUCGAUAAGGCGAAUAGAUCUGUGAUUAUGAAAGUUUCCCAUGUUUCUAACAAUGAUCUUUUCAAUUUUAGUUUAUAUUCUCGGAGGUGAACGAUAAA